GGGUUUAACUAAAGCGUGACUUUAACGCCACAUGGAGAGUUAAAGGCAGAAAAAAAAAACAUGCAGACGUCCCAUUAGUUGUAGACAUUUUACCGCACGCAAAUUAAUAUGAGACCGAAGAAGGAUAAUUAAUCUUCGUCUCUGUCAGAAAUAAGAAGUUUACCUUUGCAGCAUGUUUUUACCCUUGAAUCUAAAAUGGGACAUAAAUAUUAGGCUGGAGAUCAUAAAUAUUAGUUUGUAGACUGAUGAAAACUAGAUAGGGACGAAGUGAAAAGGUUAUGCUUAUAUCAUAUAGGUGUGUGUGUGUGUGUGUGUGUGUGUGUGUGUGAAAGGAUAGUGCAAAUUAAAUUUAGUAUACGGAGGUAGCCUAAUUGGAAGGAAACACCUAAGUGCAGCGCUGAGGCAAUACAGGAUCAGUUCUCGUUAAUUAAGCAUCGGUGACCGUCAGCGUGGCGGCAACAUGGCAGGCGGCCUAUUAGUGGAGCGGCUCCGAUUAGAUGUGGUGGGCAGGAGCGCGCCGGAACCCGUCACGCCAGCAGCGCAGUGAAGAGCGCGCGGAGUGAGCCUGCUGAAAACGCACGCGCUCUGCCGUCGCACAGCACAGCAGCGCGUGGAGUCCCACGGAAAAAAGAAAACAAACCACAGAGCGGAGUCAGGAGCGAGCCGACUGAACUCUAAAAAAAAACAACAACCAAACAAACACACACACACACACGCACGCACGCGCGCGCGCACACACACACUGAGGACACGCAAGUUGGCUCGCGCAAGCCGCCACUCACUCCUCCACCGCUAACAUGCCUGCCGUCAAAAAGGAGAGAUUGGACGGAGACGACAUGGCAUUAGGCGCCUUUGCGCAACCCGAAUACUUGGCCCCUUUAAAUGCCGCCGCGAUCCCCGUAGUGACCCCUCAUCCGCCGCCGUACGACCACCUCUUCGCCCAUCCGCGCGCCUACCUGGGACUGCGCGACACGCCACUGCACCGGCAGCACCUCCAUCACCAGCACGCGGACGACCUGAUGCUCGAGAGGUUCUCCUCCAUCCCCGACUUUCAGCCGUUCUUUGACAACGGCGAGCCGUGCAUCGAGGUGGAGUGCGGCGAGAACAAGGCACUGCUCUACAUCAACAAACUGUGCCAGGGCAGCAAGGGACCCUCCAUCAAGCACAGGGGCGAGUGGCUCACACCGAACGAGUUCCAGUUCGUCAGCGGCAGAGAAACGGCCAAGGACUGGAAGCGGAGUAUUAGGCACAAGGGGAAAAGUCUAAAGACACUUAUGUCCAAAGGAAUCUUACAGGUGCAUCCUCCAAUCUGUGACUGCCCUGGGUGUCGGAUUUCAUCUCCAGUGAACCGUGGGCGUCUGGCUGAGAAGCGCACCAUCCCUCUGCCGCCAAAUCGCGUACCCAAGAAGGAGCUGGCCUCCGUCUUCAGCAGUGACGAGAGCGAGGGUGGCGAGAGAAGCAGCACGGACCAUGCUGACAUCAAGCAAGAAGAAGAGCUCCACUACACUACGAUGAGAAAGAGCAGUCGUGACAGUGACCUCUCAACGAUCAUCUCCAAUCUUCACCACACCCGACAGCACGGCAUGCCUGAGGGCCAGCCCUGCUCUGACAUCAGCCUCACCUCCACACACUCAGAUGACGUUCUAAGCAAGAAGAGAGCCUAUUCCCCGAGCAGCAGCAGCGAGUGCCCGUCUGACAGCAAAAAGUCCCGCAGUGUGUCUCCCAAAGAAAACUCACACACCCCUGCACUGGAGCUGAGCAGUCACAUGACCCCGGAAGAACACUAUAGACGGAUGAUGUCAGCGCUGAACGAGCAUGGCUCUUACGAAGAGCAGCAGCAGCGUCUUUACCAGCUCGCCAGCAGCAUGGGCGUCCCUAGUCACGAGCUGCUGCGUGUGCGUCAGGAGGCUCUGAGUGCUAUCAGGAACCCAGGAGCCAUGGAGGCUCACCUCCCUUCUGCAGGCAGCUCCUCCAGCCAGAGGAGGAAACAAGGCCUGCCCCAACACAGGGAUGCCCACUUCAGUGAGAGAGAGCUAUCCCAUCCUCCUCCACUACUGUCCCCGCAGAACGCACCUCACAUCGCACUGGGCCCUCAUCUGCGGCCACCGUUCCUAGGCAUGCCCUCCGCUCUGUGCCAAGCACCAGCGUAUGGUUUCCUGCAGCCGGCUCAAGCCGAGAUGUUUGCACGUCAACAAGAGAUGCUGCGCAAACAGAACCUCGCUAGAUUGGAGAUGUCUGCCGAGCUGCUGAGACAGAAGGAGCUGGAGAAUGUUCAGCGUCAGCGCCUGUUAGCCGAGCCGCUUGCUCUCCAUCCGGGUCUGCCUGCUGAGCACCCGGCUCUACGUAGCCUUCACGACAUGCCCGACGACGUCAGCCGCCGCAACGCCAUGCUUCUCUUGCGCCACAACAACACACCUCUGCUCUCACUUAGCCACCAGGGGGCGAUGGUGAGCAGUGCCUUCAAAGAGUCUGGUAGCCGUAGAAGCUCAAAGAAAGGUGGUACGCCGCAAGGGAAUGACCCGUCCCAGUCCAAGGGGCCUGGGGGAGACACGGACGGACACGAUGAAGACAUGAAAGACUCAGAAAGCGAUGGCGAAGCGUGUGAGGAGCGGCCGGAGGGACAGGCUAAAGCAGAUGGGCACAGUCUGAACUCUGAGGCUUGCCAAAGCAAGGACAUGGCCAAGCCCAGCGAGGCACUGAAGGAGCUCGGGGAAGGCUCGGGCAGGCUCAGUGUCCCCUGCAGCUCGACAGCGCCAGAAUCACCCAGUCAUCAUCUCUUCACACCAGGACUAAGCAAGAGCGAAGCCAAGUAUCUCCCACCAGGGGCACUGCCCCCUUUUCCCAUACUGCCAGGACAGACACUGCCCUUCGCCUUCCCCUACGCCAGCCCUUAUUUCCACGCUGGCGCCAUGGGAGGUCUGUUUGUGGACGGGGAGGAGGCAGCGGCGGCAGCAGAGGACAUCAGCAAGUGGAGUGUGGAAGAGGUGUGCAGCUUCAUCAGCAGCCUGGCAGGCUGUGGAGAGUACGCCCAGGUGUUUCGGGAGCAGGCUAUUGAUGGAGAGACGCUAGCGCUGCUGACCGAGGAGCACCUGCUCAACCACAUGGGGCUGAAACUUGGGCCGGCUCUCAAGAUCCGCUCUCAGGUGGCCCGACGCACUGGCAGAAUAUUCUACAUGACCAGCUUCCCGCUGGCCCUCCCACUAGCACCAUCUGCUCUGCGCCCGCCGGACCGAGACCCCCUGCCCGCAGAGACCCGGCCACCCUCGGCCCGUAGCACCUCCUCCCCGUUCAGUGCCCCUCUGGCCUGCCGCGCCUCCCCCAAGCAGGAAAACGGAAACCCCCCUACAGGGGCGGCUUACGACUCCGCUAAAGCUCUCUCAUAGAGAAUACCAUUAAAAUGCCAACUGCUUCACCGUACGGCUGGAGCAGCUCUACAGGAAGGAGACGGACAUGGAGAAAGGAAGGGAUGGGAGGAAGCGGAUGUCUUUGAACUAUUCUUUUCUUCCUUUCAACCUGCCCCCACCCCACCUCCAAAAUCGGAAAAACGUGAACUUGAGGACCUUUGCGCUGAGGCACUUAUAACGUGGCAAGAAUUGUACAGAUAUAGAGACUGAAACAAUGCAAGUCUAAACAGCUCCACCCAGUGCAGUGGCUGCGAAUAAACCAAAUCCAAAGAUGAGCAAAUGGGGCCUGGAGACGAGACAGGAAGCAACAGUGUGUGUGUGUGUGUGUGUGUGUGCGUGUGUGCGUGUGUGUGCGCGCGUUGUGUAUGUACAAGAUAAACGUGAGCAGACAUCAGUGCUUCAGCACCAUGCCAGAGAGAGUGAGAGAGCCACAGUGUUUUUUCAUGUCAGGCAGACAGACACUAUCUCUGCUGUGGCGAACUCUUGCAGUACCCUGAGCCUUUCAGAGCAGAAAAAUCCGACAUAAAAGGCCAUUUAUUUUCCUGUUUUUGUCUUUCUUAAUCCAGCUUCCAGCCGUUUCAAAUCCCAGUUCUGAGAAACGGAAUCAUCUUGAAAGGAUUAAAAAAAAAACCCCACACAUACACAAAUGCAGCGAGGAACUCAUUUGCUCUUCAUCAGUGCAACUAUGCAUUCCACAGUCCAAUACCAAAGAUGAAUGGACGUGUGGAAUUUAAGCUGAUAGCUUGUUAUUGUACAGCUUCUUGAAGUUUACCUGUGACAAACAGAAAAAGGUACAUAGCUGCUCCCGGGCUCUGUGCAGAGCGUUGAGAGAAUGCAGAGCACUUAACACUCUCAUGACCAAAAGCCAUCAUCUGAAGAAACGUUCAAGAAAGAAAAAAAAAAAAAAAAGACGACUUUCUGGUUCGUUUGCUCUGUGCUGGUCUGCUGGUUGAGGGUAUCUGAUCUCCAGGUCUGUGGUGUAGACGGUGAAUCAUUCAGAGGUCACAUUUAUUACUGUGGGAGAAUGUUAUGUUGAAUUGUACAAAUGAAAAAAAAAAAACAAAAAAACUUGCUUUAGAGGAGAAUAUAGUGAAGGUAACAUAAGUGGUACUUUUUGUUAAGUAUUGUUGCACGAAUUUUUUUUUAACAUUAUUGAACAAAAUGUGACUGACUUGGUGGCACUUUUGUUCUGUUUUUUUUUUUUUUUUUUUUUUUUUAAAUUUGCUAUGUAUUCUAGCUGAAAUACUGAGUCCCGAUUUCAAAUGCUACUUAAGCAUAUAAAUAAUACAAGGGGAAAAAAAAAUAUUUAUAGGAAUUUUUGUUGUAGGUGGAUUGACAAAAUACAGUGUAUAAAUAAAUCGUCCUCUAAACGGAUCCCAAAGAAGAAUAACUUUUUUCCUUUGUCUUUGUUGCAGGGAAAUGAAAGGCACAAAGCUCUUUAUGCAAAUGUUUGAAAAAUUGUUGUUUUUUUUUCUCCCUUUUUUAAAUGUAAGCAAUGAAUUAAAAUCACGUCUAGAUUUUCCGUCUUUGUUUUGCCUUUAUCCUAUUUUUCUAUUCACCGAUGGGUGGAAUAAAUCCUAUGGAAAACUUC